UAACGCUCGGGAGAGUCCGCGCCGCUUUUUUCCUCACCGACCCGCGCUUUACAGCAGGAGCCGAUAUGAGGCGGAACGUCAAGGUCCUCCUCGUCUUCUCCGUCGCCUGGAUGUUCGUCGUCGUCUACUACCUCUCCCAGGAGAAGAAGGACGAGGAGGAGAACCGGGGUUUAAGAUUGAAAGAGCUCCUGGAGGCAGAGACGGAGGCAGUGACCCGGAGGAGAGGUACGGCCGGUCCUUAUCUAGACGAAAAGGCCUACAUCGCCGGGGGUGCCCUCAGGAAGGGUGAAGAUCCUUAUCUAAGGAACAGGUUCAACCAGGAAGCGUCUGACCGCCUUCCGAGCAACAGGGAUCUGCCGGACACCAGAGCUUCUAUGUGCAAAGAUAAGGAGUACCAAACGGACAAACUCCCAGCUACCAGUGUAAUUAUAACGUUCCAUAACGAAGCGAGAUCGACACUUCUCAGGACUGUAGUGAGCGUUUUGAAUCGUAGCCCGGAGCACUUAAUCAAGGAAAUAAUUCUAGUAGACGACUUCAGCGACAAUCCACUCGACGGAGAAGAGUUGGCUAAAAUCCUAAAGGUCAAGGUGAUCAGGAAUGACAAAAGAGAAGGCCUUAUGAGGUCACGGGUGAAAGGGGCCGAUGCAGCCUCUGCCCCGGUCCUCACGUUUUUGGACAGCCAUGUCGAAUGCAACAAGAAUUGGCUGGAGCCGCUGCUGGAAAGGAUCGCAGAGGAUAAAACUAGAGUGGUCUGUCCGAUCAUCGACGUGAUCAGUAUGGACACUUUUCACUACAUCGGCGCCUCUUCGGAUCUCCGGGGGGGUUUUGACUGGAAUCUCGUCUUCAAAUGGGAAUACCUGAGUCAAGAGGAAAGAGCGAAACGAAUACUCGAUCCGACUCAACCCAUUAGAACACCAAUGAUAGCUGGUGGUUUGUUUUCAAUCGAUAAAGAUUACUUCAACCACUUAGGGAAAUACGAUAUGAUGAUGGAUGUCUGGGGUGGUGAAAAUUUAGAAAUUUCCUUCCGAGUCUGGCAGUGCGGAGGCAGCCUUGAAAUAAUCCCCUGUUCGAGGGUGGGACACGUAUUUAGAAAAAGGCAUCCGUACAGUUUCCCUGGAGGGAGCGGCAACGUGUUCGCCAAGAAUACAAGAAGAGCCGCCGAGGUCUGGAUGGACUCUUACAAACAGUAUUAUUAUGCAGCUGUGCCGUUGGCAAAAAAUAUUCCAUUUGGAAAUAUUGAUGACAGGCUGAGGUUGAAAGCAGAGCUGAAAUGCAAGCCGUUCAGCUGGUACUUGCACAACGUCUACCCAGAACUGUCCAUCCCGACAACGCUGGUUUCUGUGCAGCAGGGUAUUUAUUGUCUGGACACCCUGGGCCACCUCAUGGGUGGUACCGUCGGCCUGUACCCAUGUCACCAUACUGGCGGAAACCAGGAAUGGGGCUUAACGGACUCUGGUGUCCUCAAGCACCAUGACCUGUGCAUCACGCUAACUUCAGACACGCCAGGCGAGGUUGUUGUAAUGAGGCCUUGCGAUAACUCUAUUCAACAGCAUUGGGUGAAAGUCCGGGAUGACAAAAGGGGAAGUUUACUCAAGCAUGCGACUCUAUCGCUGUGCCUGGAUUCGAGGUCAGUGCAGGAGAAGGGCCUCACUGCUGAGCAAUGCGACAGCAAUUCCCUUUCGCAACAGUGGGCUUUUGCCGCAACACGAGCCUAGCUAGUCGGACUAAAAAUUGCUCAUUUUCUAACUCGUUUAUCAGAAUAGGUUCUAUCAAAAACCAUGACAUUUUCAUUUUGGCAGUUGAACAAAGCCUAUGCUAUUCAUUAACUGACAUCACAUUUUUUAUACCUUUGAAUGUAUGUAUUUGUUACUGUUAUGCCCCAAGUCUUCCACAAUUAUUUUCCAUCUGUUAUUUAUGUUUGUAAUAAAUUUUUGUACACACCUUUUAGUUAAAAUUGUAUAUUUGUACAUUAUGUAAUUGUAUUAAACUAUGAUUUUCCAAUUAUGUUACAAACUUUUGUUUACAAAUUACUGGUGUAAAUAACAAAGUUAUGUAAAUAAGGAGGAUUAAGGAUUGUUCAAAUUUUCAACAAGUAAAAUAUUAUUUAAUGUAUUUAAAGAAAAUAAAUAAUAACAUUCCAAUGGCAUUAGUACUUAAGUAAUUUAAAUAAAUGACAUUUUUCAGUAAUGUGUAUAUAGAGUUGUGUAGCAUAAUUGCAUAAUUUACCAUUAUUCGAUAUAUUUAUUAUAUAGGUCUUUAUUUCUUUGUGUAUACUUUUAUAUCAUUUG